UUGGUUGUGUUGCAGGCUCAGCAGGUGACUGGCAUUGCACUGUGAAUGGAGUCCACCCUGGCCUCUUCCUCUGGAGGGCUGCUUGCAAAGAGUCCAAAGAAACACAUGGAUGGUAGGCCUGACACAAGGAUGUUUGCAAAACUGAAGAAGAAGAUUGCUGAAGAAGCAGCUACCGCACCACGGCCAGGAGGGGCGGCCAGGAUCCCCCGAUCAUUCAGCAAGGAGUCAAUCACAUCUGUGGGAGCAGAUUCAGGGGAUGACUUUCCUUCCGAUGGAAGUUGUUCCAGAGAAGACCUCUCAUCUCAGCUGUUCCGAAGGAAUGAACAAAUACGGAAGCUGGAAGUCAAGCUCUCUGAUUAUGCCGAGCAGGUCCGAAACUUGCAGAAGAUUAAGGAGAAGCUUGAAAUUGCACUAGAGAAGCACCAGGAUUCCUCUCUGAGGAAGCUUCAGGAACAGAAUGAGGCUCACCAGGCCAGCAGGGCCAAGAUGGCGGAGGGAAUGGCCUUAGCACUUGAGAAGAAGGACCAGGAGUGGAGGGAGAAGCUGUCUCAUCUUGAAAAGGAAAGGAAGAGCCUUUCAGCACAUUUACAAGAGAUGCGAGAACAGAGCUUGAAUCUCUUCCAGAAGCGAGACGAUUACGAUGAGCUGGAAGGCUUCCAGCAGCAGGAACUGGCUAAAGUCAAGCACAUGCUUUUGAAGAAAGAAGAAUCCUUAGGUCAAAUGGAGAGAGAACUGGAAUCCUCCAGGAAAGAACUGGCCUGUAUCCGAGAAGACCUACAGGCCUCCGACUCUUUGUCCUCACGUCUGGCUGCCGAGUUGCAGGAACUACGACAGCAGCAUACGGACCUGGAGGCAGAAAGGGAUGAGCUCUUAGACGCAGAGGAGAGUGCAGAGAAUAAGAUUACUGACCUGGAGCAGCGGGGCCGCGAACUUCAAACAUACAUCCAUCAGAUGUCAGUAGAUCUUCAAAAUUCUCAGGUUACUGCCUCCAGUUGUGAAAUGACAUUGGAAAUGAUGCAGGCAGAAAACAAAGCUCUGAAACUGGAGUAUGAACAGCACAAGCAAAAGAUGAUUGUCGAAAUAGAGGAGAAAAACCAGCUCAUGGGACACUUGCAAGGGAAACUGACCAUUCUGGAGAAGCGACUGGAAGGGAACCUUUCUGGUGAUGAGCAUGUACGGGAGCUGCUGCAGGAGAAAAGUGCUCUGGAACACCGACUGGAGAGUGCCCUGCAGCAGCUUUCAGCAGCACGGACGAGUCAUGCGGAGAGCUUGAGCCUCUUGGAGACUCAGAUCCAACAGCUGAACUGCAAAGUAGCAGAAGGGCAGGUUCAGCUGAGUGAGAGAGAAGAGGCCAUGAGGAGCAUCCAGGAGAACAGUUUGCACCAGCUGAAAGGUCUGGAACAAGCCCUUCAACUUGCCGAUGAAGCUGCAGCAAAAAGUAAAGAUGAUAUCAGGGAGAGAGAGCAGCAGAUCCAAAACCUGCAAAUGGACCUGGAGCUGGAAAGCACCAAAUCAGAGGAAGCCAUCUCUUCCGUGAAGCAUCAAUGCGCCGAGCAGGUCAGGCGACUUGAGGAGCAGGUUGCUACCCUUGAAGUAGCGCAAGAAGCUGAAAUGACGGUUGCCAAGCACAAGAUUAGCGAACUAGAGAAAGAAAACGAAGAACUCAAAGACAGCCACAGAGAAUGUGAAAGCUCUUCAAGGAUGCAAGAGUCAGAAUUGGAAAAGCUAAAGGCAGAAUUAAGCAGCAGGGAAACAGUCAGCAUUGAAAUUGCCAAAGCCCUGGAAGAGACACGGAAACACAAGGAGGACUUACAGCAGCAGGUUGCCGACCUGUCCUUGUUAUUGAAGAAGAAGGACGGGCUGAUUAAGGAUAAAACUGACACGCUGCUGAAAAAGGAUGAAGAGCUGAAUUGCUUAAGGCAAGGCCAAGAGGAGCUUCGGCUGCAGAUGCAGCAGUUGCAGACCGACCUCGAGUUGUGCCAGCGACAGGCUGCUGAGAGGGAAGCUGUGGCGGGAGAGCAGAUGAGCACUUUGCGGCAGCAGCUACAAGAGCAGCAGGAGUGCAGGCUGGCCAGCGAGGGCCAGGUGAGCAGAUGUGAAUUGGUAGCCAAAGCCUUGAAAAAACAAUUGCACCUUGCUGAGGAUGGAGAAGUGGAGCCAAACGGGGAAGUGGCUGCUGCAGACAUAGUCCAGCUGCAGAAGGAGAACAGGGAAUUGGAGCAGCAAAUUGUAGAGAAGAACAAAAUGAUCAAGCAGUUACAGCAAAGGAUGGCAGAACUAAAGAAGACACUACAGAAAGAACUGAAAAUUCGACCGGACAGUGAGGUCCCAGAAGUGCCCAGCGCUGCCUUGACAGUGACAAACAACUCAGACCUGAAUGACUCCCGGGAGAUAAACUUUGAGUAUCUUAAGCACGUAGUACUAAAAUUUAUGUCCUGCCGGGAAUCGGAGGCAUUCCACCUCAUCAAAGCUGUGUCCGUUUUGCUGAACUUCUCUCAAGAGGAAGAAAGGAUGCUCAAGGAAACCCUGGAAUACAAGAUGUCCUGGUUUGGGUCAAAACCGUCUCCUAAGGGCAGCAUCCGACCCUCCAUUUCAAGUCCCAGGACCCCAUGGUCAUGAAUGGCCCCAAAGAACACACAGCCCACCCUUAAGUUGUUCUUUCUCUCCAGGAAAAGGA